GACAAUAUACUAUAAAAUUACAUUGCCAAAUAAAACCUAACCAUAAAAAAACUGUAUAAUUAAUUUGUGUACAAAUAAUUAAUAAUUUUCGGAAGUUUGCUAUUAUCUUAGUCAACAAUUUUACUGUUUGAAUAUUUGUUUUGUUAAAUUGAAGAAUAAAACUUACAAAAAAAUAAAUAAAAAUGGCACGUGCACGUGAUGAAGAAUUAGUAAAAGCCUUCAGUGAAUUACAAGAAAAAGUAACAGAUACGGCACAAAAAAUAAAGUUAGCGGAUUUGCAAAUAGAUUCACUCAAAAGGUCUAAGCAAAGGUCUGAAUUAACAAUCGCCGAAGUUGCCAAUUUACCAGCAAAUACAAAAACUUACGAGUCCGUAGGCAGAAUGUUUUUACUUGACGACAUCGCCAGCAUUAAAUCGGGGCUUCAGACAAGGAUAAAAAACGCAGAUGAAAAAAUAUCAACUCUCGAAAAUAAUAAAACAAAAUUAACACAGAGCUUGCAAGAGAGUAAGGACAGUAUCCGUGAAAUGGUUCAGCAGAAGCAGAAUAAAUAAGCCGUCAAAUGAAUUCAAUUAACUGAAGAUCAGUCUAAAGAGUCAUCAUUACAUCUUUUCAUCAAUAAAACAAUUUUUCAAAUGUAAAUCAUCCUAAAGUUAAGAGACAAUUAGAAAUUUUUGAAUUUUUUGCAACAAGUUAAUGAGAAAAAAAAAACUAAAAAUAUGCACAUUUAGAAAAUUAAAAAAACUAAGGGUGUAAUUUUUUAGAAUAUUUUUUUUUUUUUAAUUUGUGGUUCUUAAAAAAAUCUAAAAAUUAUAAGACGUCUAACUUCAGUAUCAUAAAUUUAAAUUAUCAAUAAAAUUUUUAAUUAAAUAUUGUAAUAAUUUAAUUAUUAAUUUUUCAUUUAUUUUGGCGCUAGGAAUAUUACAUAUAAUCUAA